GCCGGUGAAGGCGUGUUGCCAGCUGAGUGAGGCGCAUGCGCAGGGUGGUGGCCAGCAGGAGGAGGAGGUCGGCCACACUCCUGUCCCUCACCACACACCGCUCAGUCCUCUCUACUGCAGAGUAAAACCCACAAUCGCCGACAUGAAUGCUGCCAGGCUCGCUCUCCCCAUCACCAGGACUGUUGCCGUGAGGAGCCAAGUUGUGGCCCGCCCAUUGGCUGUGGCCCCACUAACACGUAGCUUCCAGACCACCACCACAUCAAAGGAUAUUGAUUCCGCUGCCAAAUUCAUCGGUGCUGGAGCUGCCACAGUCGGUGCUGCUGGCUCUGGUGCUGGAAUUGGUUCAGUGUUCGGUUCCCUUAUUAUUGGCUAUGCGCGUAAUCCAUCCCUCAAGCAGCAGCUGUUCUCUUAUGCCAUUCUGGGAUUUGCCUUGUCUGAGGCUAUGGGUCUGUUCUGUCUUAUGAUGGCCUUCUUGCUGCUGUUCGCCUUCUAAAAAGUUGAGUGGUGAAAGGACGCCCCACACUAUCGGGCAGUGGUAUUGCCAAUGUGAUGAGAUGAUCUCCCUACACCCAUGGGCUGAGAAGAACAUCUUAUUUAUAAAAAGGGUGGAGAGAUACCAUCUUUGAACUGUUGGCUUUGUCACUAGGAGAUUUUAUGAAAGGAUGUAUAUAAGGUCUUAAGUUAAGUAUGUGUCUUGUUGGCACGUAUAUACUCCAGUCUAGGCAAUGUCAAAACUGCUAACACCUUUGCCUGUUAAGUGUUACACAAGGAAUUCCUAAUUGUGUACAAUUCCAAUGUAUAGAAAAGUUUAUAAAUAAAUUGAGAAAUAUUA